AUGGUAAGCCAAAAUAUCCGUAGGAGAUCAAUAACAUCAACAUCAAGUACUGUUACCACAGUUCAAGUCGAAAAAGAUGGCGCUAAAAGCAGUUAUAGCUAUAUCAAACGUGGUGUUCAAUUAGUGACUUGGGAACAUCUACCGGACUGGCAAAAGGACAAUGAACAUAUUUUGAGUGGAUACGUUAAAGAAACCAAUAGCAUUAAAGCCUGCUUACAUAGUCUAUUAUUCAUUCAUAAUGAAUCUGUUAAUAUUUUUUCUCAUUUAGUACCUGCAUUUUGUUUUAUGACAACUAUAAUUUUUGAUAAAUAUGUUGUAGAAAGGUAUCCUACUACAACACUAAAAGAUUAUUUGAUGUUAGAUCUUUUCUUAUUCGGUGCAUUCACUUGUCUCAUGAUGAGUAGUGCUUUCCAUUGUUUAAAAGCCCAUUCACCUUACGUUUCUAGCUUUGGCAACAAAUUAGAUUACCUUGGUAUUGUCGUUUUAAUUGUAUCUUCAAUGUCAAGUAUUCUUUACUAUGGAUUUUAUGAUAAUUCUUUCCUUUAUUUCACAUUCUCUGCAAUUACAUUCACUUUUGGUCUUUCAUGUGCUGUGGUAUCAUUAGGUGAACGAUUCCGUGCAAGGGAGUGGAGACCAUAUAGGGCAGCAAUGUUUGUUGCAUUUGGCUUAUCAGCUCUUUUGCCAAUAUUCGCAGGCUUUUUAUACUAUGGGGUUCAGGAAACUACCAUUAGAGUUCAAUUAAAAUGGGUUGUAUUAGAAGGUGUCUUUUAUAUCUUCGGUGCAUUAUUAUAUGGUGUUAGAUUUCCUGAAAGGUUAAAGCCAGGUAUGUUCGACAUUUGGGGUCAUUCCCAUCAAUUAUUUCAUAUUUUGGUUGUCGUAGCCGCUUUAUGUCAUCUCCGUGGAUUAUUAGGAAGUUAUACAAUUGUACAUACUAGGUUAUCAUCAUUGACACAAUAG